CAAACUCAGAGCUGAAGAAUGAAGAACUUUGUAGUCCCACUGGUGUUACUGUGCUGCCUGACAGCAACACAGACCCAGAAGAGUGAUGCUGGAAAAGAAUCGCAAGCACACCCCGAAUUCGCAGAUAAAGCCGGAGUCGAACCCACCUGCCAGCCUGACGUUCACUCUGUGCUGAAGGAGCUGAGAGUCGUGGAAGCCAGGCUGAAAGCUGCUGAGAGCCAGAUAGAGGAGCUGACCAAAGCGGACAAAGAGAGGCCGAAGGUAGCAUUCUCUACAUCACUGGGAGGUAGCGGAAACGUAGGACCCUUCAAUGCAGACACCACCCUGGUCUACACAAUCAUCUUCACAAACGUCGGCAAUGCUUACAAUCCAAAAACAGGGAUCUUCACAGCACCAGUGAAAGGAGUGUACUACUUUCGAUUUACCACUCACUCCUCAGGAGUAGGAGAUUGUGUUGCAAGACUAAUGAAGAAUGGAGAACUCAUUGUAACUGGACAUGAAAAUAGAAAUGGAGAAGUCAACGAAACCACUGCUAAUGGGGCUGCGAUCCUGCUGGAAGCGGGAGAGCAGGUUUACAUGCGUUUGGUUGCAAACACGUUCAUUUUUGAUGAUCCACGUCAUGCCAGCACCUUCAGCGGCUUCCUGUUGUUCCCUAUGUGAGGAGAGGAGGGUAUUACAGGCUGUAGUGAUUGAACAACAAGAUGAGUUUUAAAAUCAUUAUACUGCACUCUAUAGAGUAGGACAUCAACAAUUAUACUGCCCUCAUAAAUCACUAAACAUAGUUGAUGUCAGAAAUGUUUUGAUUGUGAUUUUCUUUAGGAAUUAGGGAUUAGAAUUUAGUAAUUAGAAUUGUUUCUAGAAUUAAAAUAACAGUUGUUGGGCUUCUGACUCAGGGUAAUUACAGUGUAGAGAUAUACACAAUCAUAUCUCUUCUCUGGCCUUUCCAGAUGUUGAUUGGGUUUGCUUACAACUUUCGAUGAAAUAAAUUAAACGACUUUCUCAAGA